AUGAGCAAAGGUAUCAAGAAAGGAGUCAAGGGCAGCAAGAAGAUAACAUCGUCGAGGUCUGGCAAUCUGCAGCAGCCUACUUUAACCCUAACGUGCUUGUCUUGUUCACGUGUCAUAGAUCGUCUGGAGUGCAAGAAAGCGAAAUGGAGAACAAAGCGAUGUCUUCGUGGGAGAGAGCAGAACAAAGAUUCUUGGAACAAGCAAUUCAAGCGAGCAUGCGAGAAGCGCGACAUGGAGAUCCAGAUUGAAGAAGGUACAACAGCAGAAGAGGCGAUAAACAUGAUCAGACAAUCCGCUCAACUCAAGAAGAAAUUGAGACUUAGAAUAGCAUGCCAGGAAAGAUUUCUGCCUCCCAUGGCGUAA